CCCCUCCUAGCGGCCUCCGACGUUAUGUAUGACCGGGCUCCCCGCCUGCUCAGGUUGGUUGAAGGUGACGGCACUGAGGCCCAUGUGGGACCUGGGUCCUACCAGGUUCCUUUCGAGAAGCAGCAGGCGACAGGUAGUUAUGCACCAUUUCUUUCUUUGACUACCAGAGAAGGUGCUGGUGCUGUUGCCUCUAACAUUGAUAAAGCUGUUCCAGGUCCAGGACACUAUAAUGUUUCAAAAGCACAACAGAAAAUUUCAAAAGCACCUAUAAUUGCCAGAAGUCUUGAUAUUCCUUCAAUUCCUUCUUGUGCGAAGACAUGUGGUUAUCAUAUUCAUGAGGAUGACAGUAUUACAAAAUGUUUUCUACCUGUUAGUGAUAGUACACUAGGUCCAGCCUAUUACAAACCUCAAUUUGAUGCUUCCAGUGCAACUUUGAAAUACAAAGGUAUACAUUUUGGCAACUCUUCAGGAAGAAGAGAGUUACCUAAAAAGCCAGGUCCUGGUCCUGGACAGUAUGAUAUCGACCCGAAAAAGACAUAUUGUGAAAAUAUUAACAUCAAGAAAGAUCAACAGGAAAAUUGUUGCUCAUUUCUCCCACGAUUAUAUGAAGUAAUAGUAUUACAGGAGAAAAAAAAGGGAGUACCAGGCCCUGGAAGAUAUGACAUUAAAAGUCAGUUUCAAAAGAAAGAAUGUGUGGCACCAAACGCUAAUUAUGCAUCUCCUGCUUUUCUUUCUCAUUCCCAGAGAUUCUUACCUAUAAAAUCAAUCACCCCAGCUCCGGGCACAUAUCAUGAAUCUCGAACUGCUUUCAUGUCCUUGAAUAAAAUAUCAGGACCGAAAAAUAUCCCAUUUGGUCAAAGUACUGCUCGAUUCACAGAGGACUUCAGGACAAUGGAAAUGCCAGGUCCUGCGUUUUAUAAUGUCCUGAAUAAUACGAUAAUUGCCAAUGUUAGAAAUAUCUGCUUGAAGAAAAAAAUGAAAGGUGCUUUUGGGUCUUCUCUUCCUCGUUCUUUCUUCCUGGUUCAGAAAGAAGCUUGGACUCAUCCUGGGCCUGCUGAUUAUCAGGUCGAUAGAAUGUCUGAUGAAUUACCUAAUUUGACUAACACAUAUGCUGUUUUCCUGUCAAGAGUAGAAAGAACUUUUAAAGUGCCAGAUAUGAUUACUCCAGCACCAGGCUACUAUGAUAUUCAAAAAGCAUAUGACAUAUCCCAAGUUGCACAUAAAUACAUGCCACCUCGUAGUUUAGUGGCCAAGAGAAGACAUUCCUCCUUUCUUAGUGCAGCUCCUCGAUAUGUGGGAGGUAUGCCUGAUGGUCCAGGGCCCGCAUCAUACGACCCUGUUUUAAGGAAAUCUUGCCCCAUGCCCGUAUUUGUUAAAGCACCAAAGCGCUUUGAAUGUUCCAAAGAAAUUACUCCUGGCCCAGCAACAUACGAGCUCAGUCCCUUUUUAAGACAUUCUGUUCUGAAGAGAACAUACAAUGUAACUCUACCAAAUUCCAUCUUGAUUAAGAGAGAAAACACUCCUACCAUAGAACAGAAAUUCAAACAAAAACGCCCGGGAGGCAAAAUAGAAUCUUCUAAAUGAUAUAUUCCAAAGGUAUUAUCUAUUAAUAUAAAGGUAAGCUGACAGUUCUCUCAUGAAGAAGCACUUCCAUUUUGAUGAUGUCCUCCAUCAGCUGCUCAAAGAAACAUAAUUGCUCUUCUAACAUCUAGAGAUAGAAAAAUCUGUUUGUACAAGAUGUUUAAUCCUCCUUUUCCCUGAAAAAAGCAGUAUGUAUAUUCAUUUCAUUUUUUCUAAACAUAUACUACUGAUGCUUCCAUAUAAAAUAUAAUACUGAAUAAA